AUGCUGAGCAGUACCGGUAAUAAUGACAAACUGGGGACAGCAAUGCUUGUGAUCUGCCUCUGCAUUUUGGCUGCAUCCAUCAUUCAAUUACCCUUUUGGGACGUCCCUUACCUGGUUACGUUGUACAGUCCUGAGGUCUCAACCAGCGGCGAUGGAUUGGUUGACCGAGAGUUUUCAUUUCUUUUACCUGUCUCCACGUCCCCCCGUCCACCCCCUGGUCGUCCACGAGGCAACAGGUCCUUUGGUGCUGUUGGUGGAGAGACGGUGGACCACAUGCCCAUGGGCGGGCAAGCCCUCGACAUUUACAACAAAGAAGCAGAUGCCAUCGAGCCGGAUCUGCAUUCUUGGGGAGGCCAAGUUCGCAGUACCACUGUAGGCAGCCAGCUGCAUGAUCCAUUGCAGUCUCUGUGUCCUUCGUACAUGUACAGUACAUCUGCCGCACAUCGUGUAGAUCCAGGCUACGGGGUGAUCCAUCGUGGCCGGUCGGAGUGGCCCCAUUGA